AUGGUUUCUUCUUCUGAUGAUGAUGAAAAUAAUUCCAACGCGAACGAGAAGUCAUAUUCAGUCGACUAUGAAGUCUCCCCGGAAGUGGAAGCGACGCGUAAGCCGACGCCACCGACGAACCCGAACCUCCCGAAAGUCUUAGUCGCCGGAGGCGGCAUCGCCGGUUUGAUCACCGCGGCGGCGUGCAAGCGCAAAGGGAUGGAAGUCGUGGUCUUUGAGAAAGUGACCAAGUAUAAACCGUUCGGCGGUCCGAUUCAGUUGCAGUGCAACUCGCAAGGGGCGUUGGAUUCUAUCGAUCCGAGGAUGGCCGAGGAGGUCUUUGCGAGAGGAAUUAUUACCGGUGAUCGCGUGAACGGGUUGUUGGAUGGGAUUUCGGGAGAGUGGUUCUACCGCUUCGAUACGAGGCAGCCGUGUUAUAUGAACGGGUUACCGCUGACGUUGGUGUUGUCGAGGUACGAUUUGUUGGAUAUUUUGCGAGAAGGCGUUGGGGACGAAAACAUCAUGAUGGGCACCAUCGUCGACGAGUACGAGCACACGAACGAUGGCAAGGUGAUUGCCAAGUUGACGGACGGGACGACGCACGAAGGAGACGUGUUGAUCGGAUGCGACGGGAUUCGAUCGAAGAUCCGUAAGCAAAUGCGCAACGGGCAAGAGACAAAGUUGGCGUACGCCGGGUACGCGGUAUAUACCGCCGUGUGCGAUUACUCGCAACCGUUUCGAGAGCCGCAGUAUACGGAUCCGUCCAAGAUUGGGUACCAAGUAUUUUUAGGCCCGAAGCAAUAUUUCGUCUCCUCGGACGUCGGGGAAGGGAAACAACAAUACUACGCUUUCUUGGAAGUGCCGGAAGGUGGUCAAGACAUCUACGCAUCUUGCGACGACUGGCCCACGUAUAAAGAAAUGUUGUUGGACCGAUUCAACGGUUGGGCACCGGCGAUCAAGGAGAGAUUGGAGUGCACGAAACCGGAAGAUAUCGAGUUGAGAGACGUCUGCGACGUGUUACCCGAUCCGAGAUGGGUCGAUCGCAGAGUCGCGUUACUCGGAGAUUCCGCGCACGCCGUACAACCAAACUUGGGCCAGGGCGGCGGUCAGGCAAUUGAAUCCGCGUACGUUUUGGCGGACGAAUUAUCCAAGUGCGAAGGUAAAAAAGGGGUUGAGUUGGCGUUGGUUCGAUACGCCACCAGACGCUUUUUGCGAACCUCGAGCAUCCACGGUUUGAGUCGAUUUUCUUCGUUGAUGAACACGUUUUAUCGACGAUACUUGGGCGACGAACCGUACGAUUGGUACCCAGAGCCGGUGAGAAAGUUUUGGGAGAGCGUGGCGAAAUUAAAAAUUCCGCACCCAGGGUCGGUCAUGGGCCAAAUCAUUCUCAUGGGAUCGAUGCCGGUGAUUUUGGAAUACGUCGGCGCCGGUUUCUUUGGUUUGUUACCGGAAUGGUUAGCCGGCGCGGCGACCGGGAACGGUAAAGACCGCGUGCCGAGGAACCAAGUUCCGGGCAUUUCUGCGCCUUUGCGUGACUUGAAACCGGAUGACUUCAAAAUGAAGGGCAUCCCAGGCAUCGCAAAAUAA